AUGGUCCAAUGGUCGGCUCUCAGUACCAGCUUACAGGCGACUGUGAUCCUGGACCAGCCGGGGAACGUGGCGUUCACUAGUCUGGAUCAGAUUUCCGGGAGGGCUAUGGUGAGGUGUGCGAAGGCGGUGGAUGUUUCCAAUGUCGUGGUGAAGCUGGAAGGCGAGAGUCGGACGCGCCUGAUGAGCCCACCCGGCGCCGAUGGACAGAGACCGAAGCCGCAGGUCGAAUAUCAUAAGAUAUUAUAUAAGGUGCAGAUGGUGUUUCCGCCCCCAGAUGUUGCUAGUCGGAGCACUGCUUCUGCGAAGUACACGAUACCCCAAGGACAGCAUGAGUACCCUUUCAGCUUCAAGCUGCCUUUCAACAACAACUGCUCGACGAACAACAAGAGUCAGCCACCUAUGCUCGGAUUGGAUCCUGUAAGGCCCGCCGAGAAGCACGUCAAGAAGACGCUCCCGCCAACCUUGAGCGGGUUCCCAGGCGAAGCCGAGAUACGUUACUAUGUCAAGGUUACGGUCAAUCGCCAAUCGUUUUUCAAAGAGAAUCCGCGGGCAUAUACACCAUUCAACUUCUUCCCAAUCGAGCCCCCGCGGCCGUCGCCAACAGGUUCUGAGGUUUAUGCAAGGCAAAGACAUGCCUUCUCCGCGUUCCCACACAAUGGAGACGUGAAAGACAAGAUGAAAGGCCUAUUUUCCAAGAAAUCCAGCGCGUCGAGCUCACCCAUUCCUCCCACCACCGCUCCAUCCAUCAGCGUCGAUGCGAGGCUGCAAGAACCGGCGAUAUUGACCUGCAAUAGCGACAUCCCGUUGCGGUUGAUUGUCAAGAAGAUCAACGAGCAUGACGAACUGCUUUAUUUGGAUUCUUUGCAGAUAUCUUUGAUCGGCCAUACCAAGGUUCGGGCACACGAGGUUUCUCGGACGGAGACUCAGAGCUGGAUCAUAACAAGCAGAAGCAACAUGAACAUACCCAUAGGUUCGAUUACUCGCAUGCUACCACAACUUCCACUGCUGACUGUUCUCAAGGAAAGCCGACAGACCCCAUCAACACAGAUACAGUACUUCCCGACCAUAUGUGGCGAGGUUUAUCCCUGCCCAAUACCGUCGCUCCAACUUUUGAGACUUGCAAUAUCGCACGAUCGUAUCAGCUCGACAUUCGGAUUGGAUUUAGCUAUUCUGGUGGUGGAUUAUCAAAGGUACGCAUGCAGCAGAAUGCGAGGAUUGUAAGAUACAAUGGGAGGCCCAGCUGCACAAUUUACCUCCUUCAACUCCUAGAUCAUGAUGCUGACGGCCACAACAGCCCCAAAAAGUGACACUUCCUCUCCGCCUCGACACACUCGUCUAUUCAGGCAUCGCACCACCCGCAGAAGUCAUCAGCCGCAUGGCAGACGCGCGAAGUAACGUCCGCAGAACCAACACCAACGCCAUGGCAGAAAAGCUCCAAGCCGAAGGUCGACGGGACAGCGACUUUGGCCGCAACCAGAUCCCUCCGACGCCUAUCGAUGCGGGAGAAGGACCCUCAUGGCCAGCUCGACCAGGUGUCCCCUUGGAGGGCAUCCCGGAAUAUAUGGAUGCUCCACCUAGUUACGAGGAUGCGAUUGCGAGUGAUAUCCCGCCUGUUGCAGCUGCCAGUAGGCCUGCUUAUAAUCCGCCGCCGCAUCAGGAGGAUCCUUUACUUGGUGAUGAGAAGAAGGGGCUCCAUUGA